AUCAAUGACAGUAGAUUACAGCUGUCUGAGGCUCUACAACUGUCAGUGUCAACGUCAAACCUAGGAGGAUGUUCUCAUAACACUUUUACUUUCUAUUUACCAAAUUUAAUUAUAUUCAACAAUCCCCACCACGAAAACCAGUUUUCACCAUGACCACGGCAAUGUUCGCGAGAGUGACCUUCUACCCCACGCUCCUGUACAAUGUGGUGAUGGAGAAGAUCACCAGCAGGAGGUGGUACGAUAGAAUGGAUGACACAGUAAUCCUCGGCGCCCUACCUUUUCAGAGUAUGACCAAACAGUUAAAAGAAGAAGAGAACAUCAAGGGAGUUGUCUCAAUGAAUGAAACAUAUGAACUGAAGAUCUUCUCCAACGAUGCAGAGAAAUGGCGGGAACAGGGCGUGGAGUUCCUUCAGUUAGCGACCACAGACAUCUUCGAAUCCCCCGACCAGGAGAAACUGUUUGAAGGGGUCAAGUUCAUCAACAGGUUUCUGCCAACCACUAGCAAACUAUCCGGCGUGCCUAUGGAGGGCGAGCAAGUGAACAGCGGCACAGUAUACGUGCACUGCAAGGCGGGCCGCACGCGCAGCGCCACGCUCGUCGGCUGCUACCUCAUGAUGAGGAACGGCUGGUCCCCGCAAGAGGCGGUCGAGUACAUGCGCAACCGUCGGCCGCACAUCCUGCUCCACACCAAGCAGUGGGAGGCGCUGCGCAUCUUCCACGAACACCACGUGCACACGUAACGAUAGGUAGGUGGUACGUAGCUAGGCAAUUACACAUUCAUUAAAAAAAAAAAUUAAAAAGCAAACGUCUAGUAAAUCUAUUUUGGCUGUUACAAUGUUUUGUCUCUGUUUUUGAGCGAAAUUUCUAUUUUUAAUUCACGAUUGGGGCUUAACGCGACGCGCUUAUAGGUAUUCAGUAGCUACAUAUCUGAUUUGUAUUGCUAUUAUUAUUUUUAAUAUACAAUCGAUUUUUAAAAAAAAAGGAGCCUCUAAAUUUGAUUAUUAUUAAAUAAACAACAAAAUUUUUGUUGUUUGUUACCUCAUCACUCCGUCAAUUUUUUUUUUUUUUGUAUUUGAAAGUACAUGCUUACGAUUGGAUCCAUAGAAAUUUUAUUAAAAUAGGUUCAGUAGUUUAGUUUUUAAAUAAAAAAUAACUGGUUUUGUACAAUUGAAAGUAAAUUAUUUUUGUGGAACACAAAUCUUUUAUAUAAGCAAUAGUAAUUAUGUGAAAGUGGCCGAGGAAACUGCGUAAACUGCCAAAAUAAGACGUAGCAAUCCACGUUGAAACGUUGGCAAUUAAAAUCAUGUAUUUAGGUAUGACUAACCUAUAAUCAAGUCGCGUUGAGUCCCUAUAGUGUAUUUAAAAUAUUAUAAAUUAUAAAACCCUUAUAGUUAAAAUAGGUUAGUAUCUUAUAGUUUAUUAAUAAAAUGAAAUUAUUUAUUUAUUUAUUUAAACUUUAAUACACAGUAAAAUUGUAUGUACAUUUGGCGCACUUAACACCGGACGGUGUUCUCUACCAGUCGACCAUUGGGUGAACAGAGAAAUAAGUAGGCGGUGCAUUUUUGUAUUGAACGAAUAUGAAAAAUGUAUGUGUAUUUUAUACGUUGGCUAUUUUGUGAAUAUAGUAAUAAUAGAUAAUUGUAUGUAAUAAUUAAUUUUAAUCAGUCAAUUUUUUUUUGUACUCUGCAUUUAGUAAACAAUAAUGAUAUGUUAAAGAUUAAUUUAUAAUUAAAUUUUUAAUAUGUUUAACAAUUUAAUAUAUUGUUCUCCAACUGUACUGUGUUUUUUGAUGAAUUUUAUAGAUUUAAUACAUUUAUAUACUUGUAUACUCCUUAACAAACAAACAAAUCAAGUAAAAUAGAUGUCCUUGAGUUUGGAGCCUGGUGAUCAGUAAGCCGGGUUAUAACUCCUCAGGAAUGGCAACGCAUGGGGGGGUAUCAUGGGCGAAACAGUAUACUCUGUUAUGUCCGUCAGCUUGUUUGCCAUUCUAAGUUGUAUAAAAAAAUCCUAGUACUGACACCAGUCUCUCACAAAGAUUGAUUUAAAUUGUAACCUAUGUGGCUGUAAGUUUUGUUAUUUUGUAAGAGAAAUAAAUAUAUAUUUACAUUCACAUAGAUUUAGGUAACGACUUGAUAGAAUUUGCCUCGAUAACAUUCUACAAAAUAAUAUUUAAAAUUACACGUAGAUUUUAUUUUGAAUUAAUUUGGGACCAGCAAAUGAAUAGACAUUAACGAUUGCAAAAAUAAUCAUUAAAAUCAAUUCGAAAUUAGCCUACUGGAGUAGCGUACAAUAGAGAAAUACAGACGAAUUCAGAAUCUCACUCUCUUUUUUAAAUAGCUUUAUAAUAUUCUGUAUUUUGUAUCAGUAUUUUUUCCUAGAGACUACAGUAUGGGGUUCUUCAAAAGAAUAUGUUAAGGUUUCUUCAAGGUCGACAACGUGCACGUGACACCCCAUUUUUUGUUUUGUUUAACUUGUGGAAAAUCUUCAGCAAGACCGUCCCAUCUGCCGGAGGGAGGGCAGCUGGGGUGUGUGGGAUUCGUACCCACUAAAAACCACACGAUUUACCUCGAGGCGCUUAUGUUGGAUCCCGGGUUCCCGUUUGUACGACUACCGAGUAUCCAACGCGACGGCCCGCCCUGUAAGUGGUGUAGGGCAGGCCUCUCUUAGUUAGGGCGGGGAAUGUCCUUCCCACCCUACCAUCACAGGAGGGCACGGAUACGUGCGCACACUUCCUAGAGUCAUAUGUAGGGUGUGCAUCAACACGUGACACCCCUAGUGUUGCAGGCGACUAUACCAAAAAAGAUAUUAUGUAUAUACAGGGUAAUAAAAAAUAAUAGUAUAUGAUUAAUUCUUUUUUUUUUGCUUAUUUAUUUGAGACAGAGAUAAUAUACUUGAGUGAUAGUGGUUCCUCUAAGUACAGACAGCAAUAUUAAUUUUAUAUUGCUGAAUAUUCCAUAUAGUGAAAGCAACAACCCAUUUAAGUCUUCCAAAGUUUUAAUUUUACGUCUCAUUUUGUAGGUAGUUAGUUAAUAAAUUUGUAAGUUAAUCAAAUUUAACACGUUUACGCCGGGGCCGACUUUAAUGUUUUUGCUGCAAGGCGGCGCUCUGAUUGAUGCUACGCUUCAUGAUCGAAUACGUACCACCGGUGGUACGCGCCGCCAGAAAAGACAGUCUAGCGCGGACCACCGGUGGCCCGCGCCGGCGUGAAUGUGUUAAUACAUAUUUAUGUAAUAAAUAUGUUAAUGUUAAAUAUAAAUAAUUUUAAAAAUCGUUA